AUGUUGCUGCGGCUGGAGGGCGGCCUGGCGGAGAGCCCGGUCAUCGUCUGCGCCGACUCGCAGGCGGCGCUCGCCACACUGGCGAGUGGGGCUGGGAGCCAGGCGACAGCACUCGGCGCCGCCGUAUGGCGACUGCUCCUGGCGCUCACGGACGGAGGACGCCGAGUCUUCAUGCAGUGGAUCCCAGCGCACUGCGGAAUACCCGGCAAUGAGAGAGCGGACGUACUGGCUAAAGAGGCAUCCAGCCUGUCGCAAGACGCCGUCCCAACGGACGUCCGCUCGAUGGUGAAGGCAGUCGGCCGCUCCGCCACCAAGGCAUGGCGUCGCAGCUGGCCAGACAGCUUCUUCAAAACCAUCAUGGGAGACCGGAUGCCGAUGCCGGUGCUCCUGGAGUCUCGCGACGAGGCGGUCAACGUCCACCAGCUGCGGGCGGGACACUGGAGCCGCUCGCAGAGCUACCUUCACAGAAUCGGACGCCGCCCCGAGCGCGACUGCCCACAGUGCAGUGAUCUGGCCUGCCCGGCGGCGCGCUGCCUGGUGUGUCGCGAGGGCCCAGACACGCCGGAGCACGUGCUGCUGAGGUGCCCGUGCUUGGCUGGCGCGAGGCUCCGCCUACUCGGCAAUAUCAGACCGGACCCUACGCAGCUUCGGGACGGCGGGGCCGUGGCGGCCUUGAGCCGCGGCUACCUCAGUCACCAAGAGCCGUUGGGCUACGGUCGGCCGUGA